GUCAAGCUCAUUGCCUCUACCUCUCUCUGUGAUUAUAUAUACAUGGCUUCAUAUGUUCCCACCCUCACCCUUCUAAAACAUUCUCAAUUCAUGAUCCUCCUUCUUCCUUCCACUAACAAUUUAACCACCAGUCAACCUUUUUUCUCUUCUUAAUUUCUUGUUCAUUACAUAUACAUUAUCUUUCUUCAAAAUGAUAGAACUUGCAGUCAGGAACUUGAUUCCAGGCCUUCCUGAUGAAAUAGCCAUGGAGUGUUUAAUAAGAGUCCCUUAUAUAUUCCAUUCCAAUAUGAAAUCAGUUUGCCACACUUGGCAAAACUUGCUCUCUAGCCUUUCAUUUUAUCAAGAAAGAAUCAAAUCUGGCACUGCAGAACAACUUGUCUGCCAAAUCCAACCUCUUCCUUCUCCCACUCCACCCUCUCAGGAAGAAGAAGAAGAAGAAGAAGAAGAUUCAACUCUUGUUGUUUCUGAGUUUCCAAGACUCGGAAACAUCAAGAAAGAAGAUGAAGACCAACAGCAACAAGACCACCACCACCACCACCACCGUCAUCAACAACAACAAGUUCAAGAGAUUAACAACACCCCACUUCAAUAUGGUCUCAGUAUCUACAACUACAACAAUCAAACAUGGCAAAGGAUAAGGCCAAACUUUGGUUCAGGUAAUAAUAAAACAUGGGGAGUUCCAAUGUUUUGUCAGUGUGUUACACUUCAAUCUUGUGGAAAGUUAUUGCUUUUAGGUGGUUGGGACCCUACAACUCUUGAACCAGUUCCUGAUGUGUACGUUCUUGACAUGGUUAAAGGCCCCAGCUGGAGGCGUGCAGCCCCUAUGUUAGUUGCACGUUCUUUCUUUGCGUGUGCGGUGGUUGGGGGGAGUAAAGUUUUUGUAGCAGGAGGGCAUGACAAUCAGAAGAAUGCUUUGAAAUCAGCAGAAGUUUAUGAUGUGGAGGCUGAUGAGUGGAGGAUGUUGCCUGAGAUGGAAGAAGAAAGAGAUGAGUGUCAAGGGAUGUGUUUGGAUGGUGAUGAUAGAUUCUGGGUUGUGAGUGGUUACGGCACUGAAAGCCAAGGGAGAUUCAGGGAUGAUGCCGAGUGUUAUGAUCCUGCAACUGGGAUUUGGUCUAAAAUUGAUGGGGUUUGGCCAUUUCCUAGUAUUAGCCCCAGAGGCACCACAACUCCAAUUGCUUCUAAUAAUAGUACCAGUGGAAAGCAAUGUCAGUGGCUGUGGUUCUUGUCAAAAGAGCAACAAAUAUUGCAGCAACAACAUGAGGGGGUAAAUUUGAUUGCAAAAGAGUAUGAAGGUAAGGAGAGGAAGGUGAGUUCAAUUGUUGGACUUCCCAAUACUAUUGUUGGGACAUCUCCAUGUGUUAGUGUGACAAGGCUUGAAGAUUGUGCCAAAGGUAAUAAUAAGGGUGAGCAGAGGGUGUUUGUGAUGACUGGAAAUGGAAGUAGAGGAACAUCAUCAUCAUCAUCAUCAUCAUCAUCGUCAUCAUCGUGCAGUGAAUGUGAAGGAGAAGGGGCUUUCAUAAUGGAGAGAGAUAAUAGGAAUGGUAACACAAAGUGGACUCAUGUGCACAUGCCUGCUGGCUUUUCUGGCUUCCCAUACUCUGCUUCUCACAUCCUUUUCUGAAAAACUUAAAAGACAUUUUGGUUUGUUUUAGUAAGUGAGAAUUAAGAUAGAUUAAGAGAGAGUUAAGUUAGGUUAGCAGUUAAUUAUAUCAUCUGAGUGUUUUUAUUAGAGAUGAGGAGAUGUAUUAUGCCUUCAAAGUUUUGUGCUUUUUGGAUAGUAAAAUAUAAUAGACGGAGAUGGAGCCUCUUUUGGCACUUUUUCUUAUCAAUUAUUGAGCCAUGUAGUUGACCGUUCUCAGUUUGAUUAUCUAUUGCUAUUAGACAUAAA